CCGGAAAUAAUGAGGAGAGAGCCCAGCAAGCCGUUAGCAGAAUAAAGGAAGAAACACUGAACACCAAAGGCAUGUUCCUGGGAAAGACGACAGCAUGUCAGAGAUUCCCCUCCAGAUGGUACCCGGCUCCAGAACAGCACUUCCACACCCUUGGUGUGGAGUUUUUAUACUGCAACCUGGCUUCCAUGAAGUCCAUCCGGCAGUUCGUGAAGAAUUUCAAGAUGAAGAGACUCCCGCUCCAUGUGCUCGUCAAUAAUGCUGGAGUGAUGAUGGUACCUCAGCGAAAGACCGAGGAUGGAUUUGAAGAACACUUUGGUCUCAACUACUUGGGGCACUUCCUGCUCACCAGCCUCCUCCUGGACAGCCUGAAGGAGUCCGGAUCCCCAGGUCGCAGCUCCAGAGUGGUCACCGUCUCCUCUGCCACGCAUUACGUGGGCGAGCUCAACCUGGAAGACCUGCAGAGCAGCUCCUGCUACUCACCGCAUGGAGCCUACGCCCGGAGCAAGCUGGCCCUGGUCAUGUUCUCCUACCACCUCCAGAGGCUGCUGGAAGCCCAGGGCUGCCACGUGACCGCUAACGUGGUGGACCCCGGGGUGGUCAACACGGACCUGUACAAGCACGUAUUCUGGGGCACGCGUCUGGUCCAGCGGAUCCUAGGCUGGUUGCUCUUCAAGACCCCCGAUGAAGGCGCCUGGACAUCUGUGUAUGCGGCGGUCAGCCCAGAGCUGGAAGGACUUGGUGGCCGCUACCUGUACAACGAGAAAGAGACCAAGUCCCUCGAGGUCACCUAUGACCAGAAGCUUCAGCAGCAGCUGUGGGCCAGAAGCUGUCAGAUGACGGGAGUCACGGACGUGACGCGUGGCACCAUCUUGGACUAACUGUGUCACCUGGAGUUUGCCAACGUGGACUGGACUGGGACUCUGAGAAGCAGGAUGCCUGAAAUUCUGACAUCCCCCUCCCCCCAGGGCUCGGUCCUCAAGUCUUGAGUUGAGUGCCUUAAUCUUUGCAGGAGUUCACCACCCCAAGAAAUGUUGGCAGGUGGCUCCCCAAUGCCAAAUUGUCACACAAGUGCCAAGGAAAUUAAACCUGUCCAACUCGG